AUGUAUUCCGGUGGUGCGACCGGCACCCACACUCCUCGAUCAUCUCAGAACCUUCGCCCUCUCACUCUCACUCAUGGCUCCCUCGAAUACUCCUUCUUAAUACCGACAGCUCUUCAUUUCCAGGCUUCUCAGCUCCAAGAGACCUUCAAAGCCUCUCUGCCCGAAGCCACAGACGAACUAGCUCAAGAUGACGAGCCCUCCUCCAGUGCCGAGCUUGUCGCCCGUUUCAUUGGCUUCAUUGCCGCUGAAGUUGAUGAUGACGAGGAGGCAACCGGCUUUUUUGAAGUGCUCAAAGUGGUCCUGAACGAAUUUGAGAGAUCCUUCAUGCACGCCAAUGACGUGCAUGCUCUGGCAGCCACGCUCCCGGGAAUCACAGCGAAGAAACUGGUGGUGGUUCAGUGCUACUAUGCAGGCCGCGCAGCAGUUGCAAGACCCAUUAAGCCACAUGACUCUGCUUUACUGAGAGCUGCUGAUGAUGAGGAGGCGAGCAUUUUCACCGUUUUCGGUGGCCAAGGGAAUAUCGAAGAGUACUUCGAUGAGCUAAGAGAAGUCUACACUACAUACCCUUCAUUCACGAAGGAUUUGAUUGUUUCUGCUGCCGACCAGCUACAAGCUCUAGCCAGAAAUCCAAAGGCCGACAAGUUCUACUCGAAGGGCCUGGAUAUCAUGCGAUGGUUGGCAGACCCAGAAGCGCAGCCAGACACAGACUACCUGGUAUCUGCACCUGUCAGCUUGCCUCUGAUCGGGCUUGUCCAGCUUGCUCACUACCAGGUUACUUGCAAGGUCCUGGGCAAAACUCCUGGAGAGGUCAAUGAGCGAAUCAACGGCACUACUGGUCACUCCCAAGGUGUGGUGACUGCUGCUGCCAUAGCUACCGCAACUUCGUGGGAGAGCUUCGCAAAAGCCGCCAAAGACGCCAUAACCAUGCUGUUCUGGAUCGGUAUGAGGAGUCAACAGGCCUAUCCUCGCACUAGUAUUGCUCCCUCGAUCCUGCAGGACUCACUAGAGGCUGGAGAAGGUACCCCUACUCCCAUGCUGUCAGUUAGAGAUCUUUCGCGAAAGCAGCUCCAAGAACACAUUGACGCUACAAAUGAGCAUCUGCCUCAAGAUCGCCACAUUGCUAUUUCCCUGGUCAACAGCGCAAGGAAUUUCGUGGUCACAGGUGCACCUAUCUCUCUGCACGGCCUCAAUCUACGUUUGCGAAAAGUGAAGGCCCCGACUGGCCUAGAUCAGAAUCGUAUUCCCUACACGGAGCGUAAGGUGCGCUUCGUGAACCGAUUCCUGCCAAUCACUGCUCCCUUCCACAGCCCGCUGCUCAGUGAGGCAUUCAAGAAUAUCCAAGAAGAUCUCAGCGCUAUUCGAAUUCCCGCGGGCCGUCUCGUUAUUCCGGUGUUCGACACCAACACUGGUGAAGACCUCCGCUUACAGCAAGACAAGGAUAUCGUGCCAUCUCUUGUCCGCAUGAUUACUCAAGAUCCGGUCCACUGGGAGCAGGCUACGGUCUUCGAAGGCGCAACUCACAUCCUUGACUUUGGCCCUGGAGGAAUUUCAGGCCUAGGCGUACUGACAAACCGCAACAAGGAAGGUACUGGAGUUCGCGUCAUUCUGGCCGGUGCGAUGGAUGGCACCAACACUGAAGUGGGAUACAAGCCAGAGAUAUUCGACCGUGACGAAGAACAUGCCGUCAAGUAUGCCACAAACUGGAUCAGAGAACAUGGGCCCCGGCUGGUCAAGACCUCUGUCGGCCAGACCUACGUUGACACCAAGAUGUCCCGCUUGCUCGGUGUGCCACCUUUGAUGGUUGCUGGUAUGACUCCUUGCACCGUGCCCUGGGAUUUCGUUGCAGCCACCAUGAAUGCCGGGUAUCACAUUGAGCUUGCUGGUGGCGGUUACUACAAUGCGAAGAGCAUGACCGAGGCAUUGACCAAGAUUGAAAAAAAUAUUCCUCCCGGGCGCGGCAUUACUGUGAACUUGAUCUAUGUCAACCCUCGUGCAAUGGGAUGGCAGAUCCCACUCUUGGCCCAACUCCGUGCUGACGGUGUCCCAAUCGAAGGCCUCACCAUUGGUGCUGGUGUUCCGUCGAUUGAAGUUGCUCAAGAGUAUAUCGACACAUUGGGCAUCAAGCACAUUGCUUUCAAGCCUGGUUCCAUGGAUGCCAUUCAAGCUGUCAUCAACAUUGCGAAAGCCAACCCGACUUUCCCUGUCCUACUCCAAUGGACGGGAGGCCGUGGUGGUGGUCACCACUCCUUCGAAGAUUUCCAUCAACCUAUUCUCCAAAUGUAUGGUCGCAUCCGGAAAUGCCAGAACAUCAUCUUGGUGGCUGGUAGCGGUUUCGGCGGAUCUGAAGACACCUAUCCCUACUUGACUGGCUCAUGGGCACGUAAAUUCGGUUACCCCCCGAUGCCAUUCGAUGGCGUUUUGUUUGGUAGUCGUCUGAUGACCGCUAAAGAAGCGCAUACAUCUAUCAAUGCUAAGAAGGCUAUCGCAGAGGCCGAGGGUGUUGACGACGGUCAGUGGGAGAAAACAUACAAAGGCCCAGCUGGAGGUGUCAUCACUGUCCGAUCCGAGAUGGGUGAACCGAUCCACAAGUUGGCUACUCGUGGUGUCAAGUUCUGGGCUGAGAUGGACCAAAAGAUCUUCAGCUUGGACAAGAAGAAGCGAGUCGCUGAGCUUAAGAAACAACGCGAGUACAUCAUCAAGAAACUGAACGAUGACUUCCAAAAAGUCUGGUUUGGCAAGAACUCUGCUGGCCAGACUGUUGACCUGGAGGACAUGACCUACGCUGAAGUUGUUCGACGUAUGGUGGAACUAAUGUACGUGAAGCAUCAAUCACGUUGGAUUGAGGUUACUCUCCGCAAUCUGACCGUUGACUUCAUUCGACGAGUCGAAGAACGCUUCACAGUUGGCUCUGGCAAACCAUCCCUCGUUCAAAGCUACGCUGAAUUCGAAAAUCCAUAUCCUGUUGUCGAGAAGGUUUUGGCUGCUUAUCCCGAUGCGGAGACUCAAUUGAUCAACGCUCAAGAUGUCCAACAUUUCUUGCUUCUUUGCCAACGACGGGGUCAAAAGCCUGUUCCUUUCGUCCCCUCUCUGGACGAAAACUUCGAAUUUUGGUUCAAGAAGGAUUCAUUGUGGCAGUCGGAAGAUCUCGACGCUGUCGUUGAUCAAGACGUCGGCAGAACCUGUAUCCUCCAGGGCCCUAUGGCCGCCAAGUACUCCACCAAGGUUGAUGAGCCUGUCAAAGAUAUUCUGGAUGGAAUCCACAAUGAUCACAUUAAAGGCCUUAUCCAAGAAGUCUACCAUGGCCGAGAGUCCGAGGUUCCUGUCGUGGAGUACUUCGGUGGGAAAAUCAUCAGCUCUCCAGACAGUGUGGUAGAGCUCGAUGGAGUCACCGUUAUCCCAGAUGGGUCGCGAAUUACCUACAGACUAUCCUCGGCUUCUGCCGCGUCUCUUCCCGGUGCUGAGGAUUGGCUGCAACUCUUGGCUGGAAAGACCUAUUCGUGGCGCCAUGCCUUGUUCACGACUGAUAUUUUCGUCCAAGGCGCUCGGUACCAAAAUAAUCCUCUCAAGCGCGUCCUGGCGCCCGUCCGUGGCAUGACCGUCGAAAUUGCGCAUCCCAAGGAUCCAGCGAGGACCACAAUCAUUGUCAAGGAGCCAAGUCAAUCAGGCAAGCUCGUGAAGACACUUGACAUCAGCUUGGUAAGCAAGAACGAAAUUCUCAUGAACAUGUGGGAAGAAAGGACAGCUGAGGGUGAGGCGGUCGCCCUGCCAUUCCGAUUCAUCUACCACCCUGAGACCGGUUAUGCUCCAAUCCACGAGGUCAUGGAGGGCCGCAACGACCGCAUCAAAGAGUUCUACUACCGGAUCUGGUUUGCCGAGAAAGACGUUCCCUUUGACACUCCCACGACCAACACCUUUGAUGGUGGUAAGGCCACCGUCGUUACCCAAGAUAUUGCAGACUUUGUGCACGCUGUCGGCAAUACUGGAGAAGCGUUCGUUGAUCGACCUGGCAAGGAGGUUUUUGCGCCCAUGGACUUUGCUAUCGUUGUGGGAUGGAAAGCCAUCACGAAACCCAUUUUCCCUCGUUCGAUUGAUGGUGAUCUGCUGAAGCUUGUUCACCUUUCUAAUGGCUUCCGUAUGCUUCCCGGCGCUGAGCCCCUGAAGGUUGGGGAUGAGCUCCAUACCUCUGCUCGUAUCAAUGCUGUCAUCAACCAAGAUGCAGGCAAGAUGGUGGAAGUCUGCGGAACCAUCACCCGUAAUGGUCAGCCCGUCAUGGAAGUGACAAGCCAAUUCUUGUACCGAGGAACUUACAACGACUUCGAGAACACCUUCCAACGCAAGGAGGAGACACCCAUGCAAGUCACGCUCGCUACCUCCAAGGAUAUUGCAGUUCUGCGUUCAAAAGAAUGGUUCCACCUUGACGAACCCGACAUUGACUUGCUUGGUCAGACCUUGACAUUCCGUCUCUCCAGUCUGGUCCGGUUCAAAAACAAGACUGUCUUCCAAAAUGUUGAGACCGUCGGCCAGGUUCUACUGGAACUCCCCACCAAGGAAGUGAUCCAGGUCGCUUCCGUCGAGUACGAAGCUGGAGUUUCCCACGGUAAUCCUGUCGUUGAUUAUCUGCAGCGUCACGGCUCCUCGAUUGAGCAACCUGUCAAUUUCGAGAAUGCCAUUCCUCUGAGUGGUAAGACUCCGUUGUCACUCAGGGCGCCAGCGUCCAAUGAGACCUACGCCCGCGUCUCUGGGGACUAUAACCCCAUCCACGUUUCCCGUAUCUUUGCCAGCUACGCGAACUUGCCUGGCACCAUCACCCAUGGCAUGUACUCCAGUGCUGCCGUCCGUAGUCUGGUCGAGACAUGGGCUGCCGAAAACAACAUUGGCCGUGUCAGAAGCUACCACGUGUCUCUGGUCGGCAUGGUAUUACCGAAUGACGACCUGGAAGUUAAACUCGAACACGUCGGCAUGGUUGCUGGUCGGAAGAUCAUCAAGAUCGAGACCAGCAACAAGGAGACCGGCGAUAAGGUGCUUCUUGCUGAGGCAGAGGUUGAGCAGCCUGUAUCCUCAUACGUCUUCACUGGACAAGGUUCGCAAGAACAAGGUAUGGGUAUGGAUCUCUACGGCAAGAGCGCCGUGGCCAAAGAAGUCUGGGAUCGUGCAGACCGCCACUUCAUGGAUAACUAUGGUCUUUCCAUCAUAAACAUCGUCAAGAACAACCCCAAGGAGCUUACCAUCCACUUCGGUGGUCCUCGUGGCAAAGCCAUUCGUCAAAACUAUAUGGCCAUGACCUUCGAGUCCAUCAAUGCUGACGGAUCAGUCAAGUCGGAAAAGAUCUUUAAGGAAAUCAACGAAAACACCUCCUCGUAUACAUACCGUUCCCCGACUGGUUUGCUCUCGGCGACCCAAUUCACGCAGCCGGCUCUGACGCUGAUGGAAAAGGCCGCGUUCGAAGACAUGCGUUCCAAGGGCCUGGUUCAGCGUGAUAGCAGUUUUGCCGGGCACUCGCUGGGCGAAUAUUCUGCUCUGGCCUCUAUCGCCGAGGUCAUGCCCAUUGAGAGCUUGGUGUCAGUCGUGUUCUACCGAGGCUUGACAAUGCAGGUGGCGGUUGAACGAGACGAACAAGGCAGAAGCAACUACUCGAUGUGCGCCGUCAAUCCCAGCCGCAUCUCCAAGACCUUCAACGAGCAAGCGCUGCAGUAUGUGGUGGAGAACAUUGCAGAGACCACGGGCUGGCUCGUGGAAAUUGUCAAUUACAACGUUGCAAACAUGCAAUACGUGUGUGCUGGCGACUUGCGUGCGCUAGACUGCAUGACCAAUGUCCUCAACGUCUUAAAGAUGCAGAAGAUCGACAUCCAAGCACUGAUGCAGACAAUGUCGCUCGACGACGUCAAAGCCCACUUGGUUGACAUCAUCGGGGAGUGCCGGAAGAAGACUGAAGCCAAACCACAGCCGAUCGAACUCGAACGUGGCUUUGCUGUGAUUCCCCUCAAGGGCAUCGAUGUGCCGUUUCACAGCACUUUCCUCCGAUCUGGUGUCAAGCCAUUCCGGUCAUUCUUGCUCAAGAAGAUCAACAAGACCAGCAUCGACCCAGCCAAGUUGAUCGGCAAGUACAUCCCUAAUGUUACAGCUAAGCCAUUUGAGAUCAGCAAGGAGUACUUUGAGGAAGUGUAUCGCUUGACAAACUCGCCACGGUUGGCAAAGAUUUUGGAGGAUUGGGAUUCAUAUGAGAAUGCGGGAGACGUAGCUGGUGUCCACCGUCUGUCUUCUGUGGCAUAA